AUGUCUUCUACAACAUCAACGUCGUCAACCCCGACCGCGAGACCAUCCCAUAAAGUUCUUCAGCAGCCACCGUCUGACUCUGCCAGUCGCAUUCCCGUGACGCCCGCCGUUUUGCGCUCAAUCUUUGCCUCUUCACGGUCACCACACGAAGAGCGGUCAAUCUCUCGCGUCGCAUUUUUCCGGUUCGCGGGAUUUCUUCUCAGCUGCAUUGCAAUAAGCAUGGUCGCUGCGAGGAAUCGGGGCAUCAGGAACAGUGCCGCUCUACUUGGUGUUGUAUCUUAG